AUGGUUUACAACCGCCCUGGUAUUGCCUCCAUGUCCCUGGGCAGACCCUGGGUACACGAUCUCCCCGGCAAGCUCAUGCAAGCUGCCGCUCAUGGCUUUGAAGGUAUUGAACUCUUCUUCGACGACUUGGACUGCUAUGCCCAGCGGGUCUUCCAGGGCGAUCACCUGGAAGCAGCCCGCUCCACACGGCGCAUCUGCGACCGUCUCGGCAUGGCCAUCAUCUGCCUGCAGCCCUUCUCCAUGUAUGAAGGUCUCAUCGACCGCAGCGAGUCAGACCGACUCGUGAACGAAAAGCUUCCCAAAUGGUUCACCCUGGCGCGGGCGCUGGGCACCGACAUGAUCCAGGUCCCGUCCAACUUCCUCGGUCCGGACCCUGAGACCGGCGUCGCUCGCACGACGGGUGAUCGUGGGGUGAUCGUGCGUGAUCUCCAGCGCCUGGCCGAUUUGGGUGCGGGCGCCGGCUUCCGUUUUGUCUAUGAGGCCCUCUGCUGGGGUGAUCAUGUCAACACCUGGGAGGCUUCCUGGGAGAUCGUGCGGGAUGUCAACCGUCCGAACUUCGGUCUUUGCCUCGACUCCUUUAACAUUGCCGGUCGUGUGUACGCUGACCCGGCGUCGCCCUCGGGCUGCACGCCCAACGCCGCCGCGGAUCUGGCUGCCUCAUUGCAGCGCCUGCGCACGGCGAACAUCGACCCGGCCAAGAUCUUCUAUGUCCAGCUGGUCGAUGGUGAGCGCCUUUCCGCCCCCCUGGAUGAGAAGCACGCUUUCCACGUCGCCGGUCAGCCUACCCGAAUGAACUGGUCUCGCAACGCGCGCCUCUUCCCCUUCGAAGAGUCCCGUGGCGGAUACCUGCCUAUUCUCGAUGUGGCCCGUGUCUUCUUUGAGGAUCUCGGCUUCCGUGGCUGGGUUUCUUUGGAACUGUUCAGUCGCACCCUUGGCGAGACUGAUGCCUUCGUUCCUGCUGACCAUGCCCGCCGCGGUAUUGACUCAUAUAACAAGAUGGCUCAAGUCCUUGGCUGGGAGGAGCCUGUCGAGAAGAUCUCUGCGUGCAUCCCCGCGCCCGAGUCGCCUGUUCAGCACCGCCUCUAA